AUGGAUAAUGAAGCUAACUUAAGCGAUGAUAAUAGUAAUCAGCCAAGUACAUAUAAUACAUUAAACGUAAUCGGAUCAGGUGGGUACGGUACAGUAUUUAAAAUUGAAAUACCAAGCACAAAACAACUGUACGCGCUCAAAGUUUGCAACAUUGAUGGUCUAACCGAUAAGGAAAAGCAAAGCAUUUUAAACGAGACACAAAACUUAAUAAAAGUUCGCUCGGAGUUCGUAAUACAAUACUAUUACUCGUGGAUCGCCGGCACCGACCUAUGCAUACAAAUGGAGCUAUGCUUCGAGAGUUUAAAAAAGUUCCUAGCACAUAAACGUAAUCUAUUCAAACGUAACCUUGGUGACCCAAUAUCAUCAUUUGAAUUAUACAUGUCGUACCACGCGUUCGGUCAACUAAUUGAAUGCGUUAAAUACAUGCAUGAUAAUAACUUAAUUCACCGCGAUCUAAAACCGGAUAACGUGUUAAUCGCCAUAAAUGAUCGUGGAUAUAGCGAACGAUACGUUAAGCUAUGCGAUUUUGGUGUAUCGAAGCAUGUGCUUGAUAAAUGUGAUCCGCAUAAAAUGUCCGUGGUGGAAAAUACGUCCGACGUUGCCAUUGGCGAAUAUCAAGCACCGGAGGCUAUGGGAAACGAUUAUAAUUAUAAAAUUGAUAUUUUCAGCUUGGCCAUGAUUGGGGCGGAUAUUUUUGAGUUCGAUAAAAAGUGCCUAAAAUUAGGCAGGUACCAAAGUGUCAUGGUCAAUGUUCGAAACAUUAAAUGA